ACACUGACUUAAAGCUUCAAUUCAAUGUUACGUGUGAUUAAUUUCCCUUUAAAUUCGGGUCAAACACAGGCUGACGAGUGGGAGGACAAGCUCCAGGACGUCACCUUCCAGAGGGUAGAGUGUAACACUGAGACCAGGGGGAGGAGAAGUCAAGAGAACUAGAGGCAUUUUGUGUCUGAGAGUUUUUAAUAAGCCUUGUUUGAUGCGUUGAGCUUCUUUAUAGCGGUGAGUAAUUCAGUACUGUAACGGGAUCUCUGAUCACAACAGUGAAGAUGGCAGGAGAUAGAAUACUGGAAAUGUGCAACAGAGGAGAUACUGAGAUGUAUUAUUUCAUGGAUGAACAAAGGGAAACUCAGCCAUGUAAAGAAUUAUCCCAUUCCAUCGAGGCAAUACUGAGGAGGCCGACAUGUGUCAGGAGAGAGAGACGAGUUCAUCGUAACUGGUCUGUCAUCAAAGAGAACACCAGAGAGACUAACCAGCUCUCAUGUACAGAAACUCCCCAAAAUAGACAACUAGAAGAUUCUCCAAAGGCAACAACAACAGACUGCAUCAAUCAGAGGAAGAAAAGGCAAACGAGGGUCACUUUCACACCGUUCCAGGUGAAGGAGCUGGAGAAAGUCUUUCAACAGACUCACUACCCUGAUGUCAAUGCCAGAGAACAGUUAGCCUCUUCCCUGCACCUCACCGAGGGAAGAAUACAGAUUUGGUUCCAAAACCGCAGAGCCAAAUGGAGGAAGACUGAAACUCUGAAGGACCAGGGCCUGAUGUCCAGACAACACAUACCAUCAGCCACUCAGGAGCUGCAUCAGUAUAACAAGCCACAGCUGCAGUCACUGUGCUGGCUGCCUUGCUGUCUGUCUAAACCCCUUCACUCAUGGCUGCUCCUCAGAUCCGCAUCCACAACAUCAAUACAUUGCCCAGAUUACAGAACUCUCUGUUUUGAUUUGCGGGGGACAGAAAGAUAGCCCCUUCACUAUUCUUACACUGAUGAUUUGAUUACACGUGGUACAAAGAUCAUAAUGACUCCGAUCAAAGUCAUUAUUGCUCAAGAGAAUUGUAGAUUACGAUCUGUAAACUAUGAUAACAGUGUAUUUUGAUGAUUUUUGCUUGAGUUUUCUAAAGUGUUGUAUCAUCCUGUCAACCUGAAAUAACAUGUUCUUGAAAGCAGCUGUGUAUUUUUAUUUUCAUGUACUUACAACGCUGACAAUCAUUGCUGACAAUGGCUACUGAAAGCAUUUUUUUUUAAAGACUUUGUGAUAAGUAUUUGUACAGAUCAAGAUUUGAGGCCAAUGCGACAUGUUUCUUGGUAGAGACGUGUUUGCGCUGUAUUAUUGUGUGCACUCACUUCUUUUCAUGACCCUACAGUUCCUUGUCAGAGAUGCGAUAUGGCACGUCCAUAAACAUCUGUUUGACUCUCUGACAACCUCACCUUAUCUUAAUUUUAGCUUGUAAAGGGAGGUUAUUGAUGGGUCAGCUUGGGCAUUUAUGGAGCCUGUUCAAUAGGAUAAAAGUAAAACUAUUGUUACCGGUAUUAUGAUGCAUUGGGGAUGAAGAGAUGUGUAAUAAUUGUGACUUAAAUGAUAAGACUGAGGAGGGGGAGAAGGUCUAAAAGCCAACCUUUUAUUGUCUCAAUGCAUCUUUAUUUAUUACAUCAACAUUACAGAUAAGUGUGAUAAAUGUGUUUCACAACAAUAAAUCCACUUGUGAGAAAGGCA